CUGAGUUUGAGAGGAUAAUAAAUUGUUUCUUCCUUUUAAUAGAGAGAUGUCUGAUAAUUUAGGCGUUAAUUUAGAGAGGGAAGGCCUUAAGUACAACUUUGCUGGUGCAGGUGGUAGUGUGGCCUCGGGUGAGGAUGGCAUCAUCAAGGAACAAGACCGGCUGCUUCCGAUAGCGAACGUGGGACGAAUCAUGAAGCAGAUUUUACCUCCAAACGCAAAGAUCUCCAAAGAAGCUAAAGAAACCAUGCAAGAAUGCGUGUCGGAGUUCAUUAGCUUCGUCACCGGGGAGGCAUCCGAUAAGUGCCACAAGGAAAAGCGUAAGACCGUGAACGGGGACGACAUAUGUUGGGCGCUGGCAACUCUAGGGUUCGAUAACUACGCCGAGCAACUGAAAAAUUAUUUGAUUAGGUAUAGGGAACAAGAAGGAGAAAGGUUUAACUUGAAUAGGGCCGCUGGGAGCCACGAAGAAAAGGAAGAAACAUCGAAUUACAGAUCUGUGGUUCAAUCAACACCGCCCACGUAUAAAAUAUAAAAUCAUGGUGAAUUGUCUGCUUUCA